UUAAAAGAGAGAAAUAGUGAGCUUUUCAAACUUAAUGGGAGGGGAAACGUCACUUCCGGCCUCUGGAGGAUCAUCCCGCCUCCUGAUGUCGGCGUUGCCAGGGGCGACGCCGGCCUCUGCCGUUGCCAUGGCGACGCGUCCACAGGCGGAGCGGGAGGUGGCGCUUCCCGAGCGGGCGACCGGGCCGGAGAGAUGUCGGGCAGUGAGUGCGGCUCACUCAGCGCCUCGUCAAAUGCCUCCAGCCGGUCCCGCUCUCACGCCCGCUACAGAACCAGGGCCGCCAACUCGGAAGUGGAUGAGAGCCUUUUUGGGCUUGCCAAGAAUGCACAGCUGUCCCGCACUGGCAGUCCCAUUGUGAUCCUUCAAGAUACUACCACAGCAGGGAAGUCCCUCGGUUGGGGCCAUAAACCUGAGACCGUCCGCCUGAUCACCAGAGACCUCAUCCGGGACCUUGUCGUGCCCACAGUGGACCCAUCGGGGGAGUCCCUCAUCAUAAGCCCUGAGGACUUUGAUCGCAUCAAGGAUGCAUCCCGCGUCCUCACCAAGGAGGAGCGUGAAGCUCAGCAAGCAGCCCGCAGAGCCGAACGCGAGGCCACCAUCGUCGCCGUGAACGAGCGGAAGAAAUCCAUGAAGAUGAAAGAGAUUCUGCGGAAGAAGAACGAGAAGCUGAAUGACCUGGAGGAGGAAGCCAAGGAGCGGGCACAGUACCUACUGCAGCGGGCUGCCAACCUCCGCGUGGAGCAGGAAGACGAGAUCAAGAAGCUUGGCGAGAUCAUUCUGGAAGCCAAAUGCCACGCCAUCCGGGACGCUCAGAUCCUGGAGAAGAAGCAGGUCGAUAAGGAGAUGACUGAGGAGGAGAUGAGGCUGGACCGGAUGAUGGAAGUGGAGAGGCAGAAGGCCACCAAGAUGCAGGAGGAGCUGGAACGGAAGAGGAAGGAGGAGCUGUACAGGGGCAAGCGCCACAUCAUCGAGCAGAUAGAGAAGAACGAGGAGCUGCGAGCCAUGAAGGCCGAGCAGCGGGACCAAGAGGCCCAGGAGAUGCUGGAGUACCUGGAGCGGCUGCAGUUUGAAGACGAGAGGGAGAUGGAGCGCAGGCGGUUGGAGCAGCUGCGGAUCCAGGCCGAGAUCCGGUACAUCAACGACGAGAACCAGAAGCGCAAAGAAGAGAGGGAGGAGCAGGAGAGGAUGGCUGACUGGCGGGUGCUGGAGUAUCAGCGCAAGAAGAUGGAACGAGAGGCCGAGUUCGAAGCCGAACAGGAGAGGAUCCGCCGAGAGAAAGAGAUGGAGACAGCCCGCCUGCGGGCCUUGCAAGAGAAGGCCCAGGACCACCAAGCUGAGCAGGACGCGCUGCGGGCCAAGCGCAACCAGGAGGCAACUGAGCGGGAAUGGCGCCGGAAGGAGAAGGACGCUGCGCAGAAGAAGCUGCAGACGGAAGCCAUGCUGAAGCAGAGCCGCCUGGAGCAGGUGGCCCAGAAGGAGCACAGCCUGGCCAUCCAGGUGCAGCGGGACCGGGCCGAGUUUGAGAGGAUCGUCAGGAUCCAGCGGGCGCAGAUCCAGAAGGAGAAGAAGGAGCACGAGCGGCGUGUGGCUCUUCAGCAGACCCACGCCGACGAGAUCCGGCGGCAGGUGCGCGAGCACCAGCAGAAGCAGGUGGAGGCCCGCAUCGCCAUCUUCGAGGAGGGCAAGCGCCUCAAGGAGGAGGCCCGCCGGCGCAGCGAGCACCUCAACGAGAUCAAGCGCAGGAAGUUGGACGAACUCCGAGCCGCCGGCCUUCCGGAGAAGUACUGUGCCCAGGUGGAGCGGAAGGCGUACAUCCAGGCAGACCCGGUGCACUGAAGGGCAGAGCAGCCUCUGCCCCACACCCCCUGUAGACACUCCACGUGUAGCCUAGAUUUCUAUUUUCGUACUUUCCCCGCGUGUUUCAUGAAUAGAGCUAUUUCUAGAUAUUGUA